CACUCACUGAGCCACCUUAGCCGGGGUUUGGUCAGACGGCUAUUAAACUGAAGGCGAUUGUGGCUUUUGGCAUUAGUUCUACUUGUGCUUCGCAAGCGUUCGCAAUCCGCAAUCCGCAAUGAAAGUAUUCGUUUGUCUUCUGGCACUGGCCGCCACUCUGGCAACCACAAGCGCAGGACUACUGGGUCUGCUGAAAGGCGGUGGUGGUGGUGGCGGUGGUUAUGGAGGCGGAUACGGUGGUGGAUACGGAGGUGGCUACGGAGGUGGCUACGGCGGUGGUGGCGGUGGAGUCCAAGUCGUUAAAGUGAUCAAUACCUAUGAGGGAGGACAUGGAGGCGGCGGCUACGGAGGCGGUGGCUACGGAGGCGGUGGCUACGGUGGUGGCUACGGCGGUGGCAGCUACGGAGGUGGUGGUUACGGAGGCGGCUACGGUGGCGGCUAUGGCGGCGGUUAUGGCGGUGGCUCCCGCGUGGAUGUCUACAAAGUAAUCACAACCACCCAUGGGGGAAGCAGUUACGGUGGUGGCUACGGAGGUGGUUACGGAGGAAGUUACGGUGGCAACUACGGUGGCGGCUACGGUGGCCAGUCCGGCUGGUGGAAAGUAAAGAAGUAAGAAACUGUAACGUGCCCAUCCACCCAUGCAUCCAACUACCUCAUUACCAUUUAGCUAUAGUCCGGAUAAAAACUUGUUUAUGUACCUGCAGAAAGAAUAAAACUUAGAAAAACUUCCAUGCCAUGCCGAGACUCUUAAAUAAAUUUUUUUAAUUAGAAAAACAAGUUUAAGAUUAUCGGUGCUUAGACCGCUUGGCGAACCCACAAAUAAAAUCGAGAGUGAAACUAAUUUAA